GUGCGGGCGGUUCAGCCCGCACACGUCGUAAGCGCAACAAUCCACAGCAUGAGUCACCACAAAGCCUGGCUACUGCUUUGACAAAUGUGAUCCAGCAGUGGCAGCCUAGCAAUCAAAAUACGCCUGAAGACCACACUUGGGGGUGGCGGAAAAGAAGGAAACAAGCAAAUAAUUCAUGGCAAGGAUACCGGGCUGACAGCUCUCCUGACACCAGCCUUGCUCGCGAAUUGCUACAGCUUCUUCAGAAACUUUGCGCAAACCAAGCAAGUGACCAGGAAGUGAUCACAGCCACCAGCAGGCUGAUUGACACCAACCAAGGACACAGCCGUGACCUUGGGAAACCAGUUGCGGUCAGGGAAGUCAGAUACAGCAAGCCCCAGAGUGGAGCGAAAGCUUCAAAUCAUGGUGCCAAUCGCUGGGGAAAACAGACCAACCCCAACCGAGGCUGCAGCCAUCAAGAUAUCACUGGUUUUGUGCCCAGCGAAUGGAAUGCCCAACCAAAGUUCCUAUCCGUGCAUGAGAUCAUUUCUCAGAUAAAAGCAGGAAUAGCCUUGCAAGCCAACAUCACCGAAGUUUACACCAAAGAACAGUGUGCGAACCUGCGCACCCUUUGGCAUAGCUAUGGGUGCAAGGGCUCUUUGACCAUGCUGCUCACCAAGGAUGCCAAAGACAUCCUGGGGGCCACGGCUACCCGUGUUCGCAUAUCCAGGGCGCAUGGCACACCGAAAAUUGAAGAAAUAGCUCUCCUGCGCUUAGGAGAUACCAACAGUGGAUUGUGGAUCUUGCCCGCAGUCAAAGUUGAUGAGGGGAAAAUCAAAACAGUCCAAAGAAGCACUGUCAGAGUCAUUGCACCUUUGGAAUUCCGAAAGCACUUCUUGGAUUCAGGCCAAGACCUACCCAGAUUGGUGGCGGCUGCCAUGGCCCAGUGGAGUGAAAAAAUAAAAGCCUCUCACCUCAUGGGUGGCAAAUGGAAUCACACGCAGGUCCAUCAACAAGACUUGCUCACAGGCUGGCUGAUUUUGCCAACAGAACAGGCUAAGGAGCUUGUUGUCAAUAGCGGUCGCCAGGGUGUUUUUGCCCAGAUCCAAGAAAACAAUACUGGACCCAGGCCCAUCCGUUGGUUUCAACGACAGAACAACGAAAAUGCCGGCCAAGCGGCCAACUACCUCCUCCGAGGGGCUCCAAAGAUGUGGCAGACUGAAGAGAUCGAAGAUUUUCUCAAUCAACAGAAAUGGAAAGCCGUGCAACGCAUUUCCAAAGUGAGAUAUCGAAACGAAUGGCGUUUUCAUGCCCAGCCACCUUCAGCUAUGCAGGAAAAUUACCAUUACGAUUUGGCAGAAGGCUACAUGUCAUGCAUCCCAGCUCCUGUCAGACAACACCAGCCAACCUGGCAACAACCUGUCAGAAACACAUGGCGAGGAAAUGAGCUGGGGAAAAUUGGAAAUGAAGCCAACAAUCCUGGCGAUACCGGUGACGUCAUGGCAACUGCUCUGGAUCAGGACUCCAGUCAAGCUUCACAAAAAGAGGCUGGUAGGGAAAGAAGUCGGAGCCCAGUUCGCUCCAAGCAGCGGCAGGCUGUUGCAGAUGACCCAGAUUUGAUCCCAACAGACAUCGCGGAAUGUUUCAAAAAUGGCUGGGAAAGUCAAGAU